AUUUUUUUAUUUUUUAUUUUUUGGGUGAAUCGCUAAAACCCCUUGAGUUCCUCAUCCGCCAGAGUCUUCUUUCUCAGUGAGUGGAGCUUCAGUGAUGGCUCUUCAUGCCAUUAAAAGAUCGAAAAUUCCAGUUUUGACUUCAAGAGUCCUCCGACUCCUUUACAGAGCGCCCAUUAAACAGCUCUCGCUGCCUUUAAGAUCCAAUAUUUUGGCGUUUGAAACUGUUUCGUUGAAACCCAUCGCUGGGUUUAGGCUAUACCAUGAUGGGAGGCCGAGAGGACCCCUUUGGAGGGGGAAGAAGCUAAUAGGGAAAGAAGCAAUUUUUGUGAUAUUGGGGUUGAAGAGGUUUAAGGAUGACGAAGAGAAGCUUGAAAAGUUCAUCAAAACGCAUGUUGCGAGGCUCCUGAAGAUGGAUAUGAUCGCUGUCCUAACGGAACUUGAGCGUCAGGAGGAGGUUGUUUUGGCUAGCAAGAUAUUUGGACUGAUUCAAAAGCAAGACUGGUACAAGCCAGAUGUCUAUCUGUAUAAGGAUUUAAUUAUUGCACUGGCAAGACGAAAGAAAAUGGAUGAAGUUAUGCAACUAUGGGAGAAAAUGAGGAAGGAGGAUUUGUUUCCUGAUUCUCAAACAUAUACAGAGAUUAUCAGGGGAUUUUUGAGUUCUGGUUCUCCAGGAGAUGCAAUGAACAUAUAUGAGGACAUGAAGAAUUCCCCAGAUCCACCAGAAGAGUUGCCAUUCAGGAUUUUGUUGAAGGGUCUUUUACCACACCCUCUUUUGAGAAACAGAGUCAAGCAAGACUUUGAGGAGCUCUUCCCUGAGAAACAUGUGUAUGAUCCUCCAGAAGAAGUAUUUGGCAUACGCUGAGGGCCCAAGUUACUGUAUUGAAGGAAAACAUUGAAUGUUUAAUCUCAAUCAGCAAAAGGUUAUUCAACUAAAGUCUGGAGGACCAAUACUGUGUCAGUUUUACGCACAAAAAAAAAAAAAAAGAAAAUUUCAGAAACAAGAACUCCAUCACCCGUGCACAGAGAUGUAACAGUGAGCCUUUCUUCUUCUGAGCUUUAAAAUUUGGAGCACUUUAAACGGAGCCUACAAUUUGCUGUAUAUGUACGUUUUGAGGGUGAUUGUGUUUUGAGCUCAAGUCUAUAUAAGCUGCUGCAUUUGUUGUCAAUGUUAACGUUUCUUUGCUUCAAGAAAAUACUAAUGAAAAAAAAAAAAAAAAAAAUUCUAUAGCUUA